UUGUAUGUAUACUGGAACAUACUGAUCAUCUUUAUGUUGAAUAAACAACUGUAUGAAUUGUAUCCUUCGUAUAGAAGGAUACAAUCUUAAAGCACAUUAUGUAGCUAUAGAAUCUGUACUGUAGGUACAAAAAAUAAAUAUUAAUAACUGUCGAGAACCUGAUAUUAAAAAUGACACAGCCUGAACAAGUGAUCCAAGAAUUAUACGAUUGUUAUACAAAAACUGCUGCUAAUAUUAUUUCGUAUUAUGAAGAUGAUGAAAGGACGAACAUAUUGAACAGACUCAGGGAUAUUGCAAAAAACAAUUGUAUUCUAGAUAAAAAAAUGAAAUCAGCAGAAAGCACAAAAAAUCGAUUAUUAGACAUGUAUAAUGACAUUGAUGAUGAUACAAACACCGAUAUUGAAGCCAUUAUACAAGAAUACAAGCGGGAUAUAUCUGAGAUUACCGUUGAUACAACUAAUGAACAGAAUUUGUUAGAAUUUGAUAAGCAAGUCGAAGCAUUAUUGGAUAAAGUAGAAAAUGCAAAAGAGGAUGGGAAUGACACUGAAUUGCAAGUAACAGGAUGUCAUGUAAACAUAAUUGAUCCAAUUACUAAGAAGAGAAUGGAAGAUCCUGUAAAAAAUAUGAAGUGUGGACAUACUUAUGAAAGAGCCACUAUUACACAAAUAUUGAAGAUAAACAAGAAAACCAAAUGUCCUGUUGCAGGUUGUAAAAGUCAAGAGUUUGUAACGCUCGAACAGCUCCGAGCAGACAUUGCAACAAAAACAUACCUUGAGAAACAUCCUGCAUGAUACUCAGUAUUAAAUAAAGUACAAAUUAAAUAUAUAAGCAAUAUGUUUUGUAAGAUACAUUUUAGGUUGAUAUAUGCGUAUACAAAGUCUGAAGCCUAGUUUUAUAUUUCUUUAACAUAAAAAUAAAGAGAGACACAUGAUGCAUCAUG